GUACCACUGGUAUUGGAUUGUAGAAGGCAUUCUGUUAUAUGGAUUCGUUUUCAUUGUUGCUAUUGUUGCUGUGAGAACUUUGUUCGGGAGUCCAUGUGUUGUGAUAUUUUUGAUCUACAAAUGGAGAAGGAGGAACUUAUCCAUGUACCAUGCCAUUGAGGAGUUCAUUCAAGCUCAAAAUAAUCUAACACCGAUAAGGUACUCUUACUCAAAUAUUAAGAAGAUGACAAAAGGUUUCAAGGAAAAACUGGAUGAAGGAGGCUAUGGUUCGGUAUACAAAGGAAAGCUUCGAAGUGGUCAUUUCGUAGCUGUAAAAAUGAUGGCCAAUUCCAAAGCCAAUGGACAAGAUUUCAUUAAUGAAGUUGCUACAAUUGGAAGGAUUCAUCAUGUCAAUGUGGUGCAAUUAAUUGGAUUUUGUGCCGAGGGAUCGAAGCGUGCUCUUGUAUAUGACUUUAUGCCUAAUGGGUCUCUUGAUAAGUACAUAUUUCCUGAAAAGGAAGGAAAUAGCUCCUUAUUAAGCUUAGAGAAAAUGUAUGAAAUUUCUCUAGGGGUGGCCUAUGGGAUUGAAUACUUACAUCGAGGUUGUGACACCCAAAUCCUGCAUUUUGAUAUCAAACCUCACAAUAUUCUUCUUGAUAAGAAUUUCACUCCCAAGGUUUCAGACUUUGGCCUCGCAAAAUCAUAUCCAACAGAUCAUAGUAUUGUGUCCCUAACUGCAGCAAGAGGGACAAGGGGAUACAUGGCUCCAGAGUUGUUCUACAAAAACAUUGGAGGAGUCUCAUACAAAGCUGAUGUUUAUAGUUUUGGGAUGCUGUUGAUGGAAAUGGCAGGCAGAAGGAAGAAUUUGAAUGUUUUUGCGGAGCAUUCAAGCCAAAUUUACUUCCCUUCCUGGGUUUACGAGCAGUUCAAUGAAGGAAAAGACAUAGAAAUGGAAGAUGCAACAGAGGAAGGAAAGGAGCUUUCAAAAAAGCUGAUUAUAGUAGCCUUAUGGUGCAUACAAUUGAAGCCCAGUGAUCGUCCUUCAAUGAACAAAGUUGUGGAGAUGCUUGAAGGAAAUGUGGAGCUCCUGCAGAUGCCUCCAAAGCCUCUUCUAACUCCACAAGAGGUGCCAGCUGAGGAACAUGUAAACAACAAAAACCCGGCAGAAAUGUCAAUUAGUAUCAGAUAGUUGUGCCAUAUACUAAAAAAACUCAAAAGUAGACCAUUAAUCUUAUUGAUCCCCACCUAUCUAUGAUAGAAAGAAGGGCAUAUAUCAAUAUCUAUUUUGAUAUACCCAUCAAGAGACUUCUAAGUUAUUUUGCUAUGAUUAUCAUUUGUCUGCCUCAUAUUGUGCUUUCCAGUUCAAGUUGUUUGAGAUUUCUCAUUUUUCUAUUUCAAUAAAUUGCUGUCAGUUCUGUUGCUGCAAUUGCAUGUGAAACGAAAGAAAUCACAAGAGAGUGGUGAAACCAAGUAUAGCG